CAAUGCUGUGGACUGCCUCUCCACUGAUGGAUAUUAAUCAGUCUCUCAUUUUCCCCUCAAACGUCCUCUCGAGAAGAGGAGCUGCUGCAUGACCAAAAUCUUCUCUGGGGAAGAGCUGUAAUUGCUAUCAAGCUCCUUGUUUGAAAGAAAUUCGGAGAAGCAAGCAAGUUAGAUGGAAAUCGAGCAAAGGACAAAGAAAGGUAACGGAAAUUGGCACUCCAACAUGGAUGGGGGAGUAGAGGAUCCUAAAGCUGCAUCAUCUAGUAACUUUAUAAUCGACUUGUGCACUCCACCAAGAUCUCCCAACACUGAUUAUUCAUCCAUAAGGAAAGCUAAAAAGACUAUCGGGCGAUACUUCUACGAAUCAGGAAUUGAUUUUAGUUCUGUUGAUUUGCCUAGCUUCCAUCGUAUGCUCUCCUUGUCUAGCGGACUGGUAAAGUAUGAAUUCCCUACUCGUGAUGAGUUGAAGGGAUGGAUCUUGGAAUCUGCAGUGAAAGAAAUGAAAGAACAGAUCAAGCGGAUCCGAAGUUCGUGGGAUGAAACUGGUUGCAGUGUCUUGCUCGAUGAAUGGACAGACAUCCGGGGAAGAAAUUUGGUAAAUAUUUUAGUCGAAUGUCCUAAGGGGGCUAUUUAUCUUCGAUCGGAUGAUAUUUCUGACUUCAUAGGGAAGAAAGAUUUGAUGCUUUUGUUUCUUGAGGAAGUUGUUGCCGAGGUUGGAGAAGAGAAUGUGGUUCAGAUAAUGACAUCCUCGACCACAGCCUUCAUGAAGGAGAUCGGAAAGGAACUCAUGGAUAGGAUCCGCCCGAUUCAUUGGACUUUUAGUGUGUGGAGAUGUAUAGAACUCAUGCUAGAGAAGUUUUGCAAAAUAAAUUUCAUCGAAAAAACAUUAGAGAAGGUGAAAACAGUCGCACGGUUUGUGCUUGCACAUCCGGAGACACUGAAGUUUGAUCUGGUCGAGCAUCCGAACAUACAGUCCACAGUAAUAGUACCCUUCUUGAUCAUCGAUAAAAUCGUUUCGGAGAAGGAAACCAUGAUGGAAAUGUGUUUUCCAUCCGACUUAACUUCGAGCGUAGAGGGGAAAGAGGUGUCGGAAUUGUUGGCCAGCGAGUCAUUCUGGACUGAUGUAUCGAUUGUCCGGGCAGGAACCAUUCCUCUGAUCCGCAUCGUUCUUUGGAUGAAUUCUAUGACAAAGGAACAGUUUGGAUACAUUUACGAAAUGAUGGAUCUAGCUAAGGAAGCGAUCCAGGCAGGAUUCAAAAGGAGGGGGAACCAAUACCUGCAAUUUUGGAAGGUUAUCGACGAAGUUUGGGAUGGUUUCCUCCACACCCCGCUUCAUUCUGCCGCCUAUUUUCUGAACCCGCAACUAUACUAUUCGGGAAAUGCAUACAUCGAUACUGAAGUUGACCUCGACAUGCUCAGCUGCGUCGUUCGCUCGACCAAAGAUCACCGCAUUCAGGACAAGAUUACCCUCCAGAUGGAAGAGUACAUAAUUUGCUGGGAUGUGUUCGGUUCAGGAUGGUCUGUCGCUGUUGAAUCCGAUAUCUCUAUAGUGCAAUGGUGGCACGAAUAUGGUGUAAAGUCUCCGGAGCUACAGAGGCUGGCGAUUCGAAUUCUGAACCAGAUGUGCGAUGGGGCGUCGAAAUUCCAUUUGAACCGGAGCUUGGCUGAGAGAGCUGUUUGUGAAGGGAGGAACCGAUCGAUCAAUCAGAAAAGGGCUUUCCUUCACUACAACAUGCACUUGCAGAAUUUCGCAUCGGGUAAGACUGACUACAUUUUGGCUGAUGCAGGGAAUGCGGCCGUAAAUAAUUGGAUCGCCACCGGAUAAACAACAUAAUCGGGAGAGGAUAUCUGGAAAUGGCUGAAAGAUUACAUGAUGGAAACAAGACAUGAUGCUUGAAGAAGACAUCAUGGCUUUAGGUGUGUGGUAAUUUAAGGUUAGUUGAAAUGAAUGACUUGUGUGUUUUUUUUGGUGUUUGAUGAUGGCUAAGAAGUUGGGGAACUUUUGAUGAUUUAAAAGAUUUUGGAGUUUUGAAUAUAGUUUUCUUAAUAAUAAUUAAAAAAAUAAGAAAAAAAGAGUUUUCGAUGAUAUUUUAAGGAAAAAAUAUGUAUAAGCAUGAAAUUUUUUAUGU